AGUUAUUUAUUCAACCAUUUCUACCAAUCUCAAUGUCGAAGGCCGCUCCCGGUGGCUCCUGCCCGGGCGCUCAAGACGAUAUCACUGCUGUUGCUGAGUUCAUGGGAGACGUACCAGAGGAGAAUGGGAGUUGCGGUACUAGCAGCCCGAAAUGGUCCGAUGUGAAAAUGGAGAAUAUGUUGCCUAGCAAGACCGCUCGAGUCCAGAUGUCAGCAACUUGUAGUUCCCCGAGUUUGCCCCAGGGUGAGGACCGAUCAGUAGUUGGGGGUGCGCCUUCACUGAGCGCGUCGGUGUCAUCAACCAGCUCGGCUACUGUGGACGUAGGAGUUGGGGAUGUUAGUGUUUAUGGUCCGUCUUCGGAUGCGAGUAUCUGCACAUUGGGAGGAGGGAAGCCUUUGAAGACUCAAAGUUCUUGGAGCGAGGCUAUGCGGGCGACAACAAUCGGCCCUAGAGCUGCUGGGGCGAUGUUGAAGGUGCCUCUGCGUCGUUUGCUAGGUCAUUCCAAAAGGAAGUCGUGGAACUCCAAUAUGGAAUCGUAUAUCGGUGCUUUGCACUCUGUGGGAAAGCACCUUUCUGGCAUGAGCGUUGAGCGUGUGAGGAAGCUGGCAGAAAAACCGUUACCAAACAGUAUGCUCCCAAAAGGAGUGUUUCGCUUCGCUCAGUCCCUUCGCAUCGACGGGCAGGAGGAAGCUCUAAAAUUGACGUGGAUAUGGCCGAAUGAGAUCACACCGUUGAGGCCGCCGGAGCUAGCAGUGCAGAAGAUAGGACCCAGCAUUAGUGUAUUGAAGGAAAACCCGGUCAUCUUGUACGUCCCUGGCACACCAUUUUGCGUAUGGGGAAAAGGAGUUCAUCGCUACAUGUGCUACCUCCUAGCCAAACGAGCCGAAGCUGUAGUGUGUUGCAUCACUAACGACUCUUUGCCACCAGCGACGUCAUUUCACGAAGGAGUUUCUUAUAUAAAGACUGUGUAUAAGCAUCUUAUAGAAACCAUAGGAGUUGACCCUGGUGCAAUCGCAGUCGCUGGCGACUCUCUCGGUGCGGGGAUGGUCAUGUUGGCACUCAUAGCGCUCAGAAACGAAGGGAUUGCGCUGCCCAGCAGUGUUUGCCUGAUUUCUCCCAUCACCGAUUUAGCCGACCGAGUCGACGACUUUUCCGACGAGUUUAGUUCCUCUACGGAUGAACGGAAGUCUUCGAACGCCGACAAAGGCACUGAGAAAAAGAAAAAUGAGGAGGAAAUGACCGGCGGACUUGGAGACGAUAUUGGCACCUCGAGUGACGCAGUUGGGGAAUCUAAGGAAUCUGAGAGCUCCAAACCUGCUAGGGAGAAAAGUGUGGACGAGGAAGUGAAAAAUGCAGAAGUUGACGCGGCUACUGAGGCGAACACACCCCCGAAGUUCGCGGUAUCACCAGCAGCAGCAGCAGCAGAGAGGAGAGAAUGCGUUGACUAUGUACAGCGCGAUCUGUUAUCCAGCAUGGCUCAAUAUGCUAUUGGAAAUUCAUGUCCGACUUCUGCGGAAGUCUCGCCUUAUUACGCGGACCUCAGCGGUUUACCUAGCAUGUUGAUCCAAGCGGGGCAAGAGGAAAUUUUCCUCCCCCAAAUUGAACGUUUUUCUGCUAAGGCGUCUGCAAUGAAAAACCCCGAUACUCAUUUUCAGUUCCAGGUGUACGAGGAAAUGGUACAUUGCUUCCAGCUGUUUGCGUUUUGUACGAGCGAAUCGGAAGCUCCCCGAAGGGCGCUGGGAGCUAUAGCGGCAUUUGUUCGAGAACAUGUUAAAGCGAGCACAACGAGCGAAUCCAACCCUCUGGCUUAACGUCGAUUUUGGUCACACUUUUCAGUGAUAUGUUCGCCACGGGAUUCCCCUUUCGAAGUAGUGUUGAACGAUUUACAAUGUUUUCGCAGACGUCGGCGUUGUGGGAGGCUCCCACUGGGGAUAUUACGUUCAGAGAAAACUCAGCGGUGUACUCAUAUUAAUUAUUCGUUCAGUUAUGGAUAGGCCCGACGCAUGGUCUACGUUCCUGU